AUGGACAGCAAUGGCUUCUCUUCGGAAGACAUUCCAACAAUACUCUACGUCGGACAGCACGAGUCCCAGCGAGUGGCUAAGGUGACGAACCAACUGCUAGGAGCCGCUCAGGCGUCUGGAUAUGACCUUAUGUCAGCGCCCUUGACCACUGAGCACUUCCGAUCAACAGUUCUGGCCCAAUUGCAAGAGCAUGUCGAUUUGCUCAACAAAGAUCCUUUACCAGCCGCAGUUCCUCUGCCAGCGAUUGCUCCUCUCACGCCAAAGGACAGUGACCUCUCUCCGGAAGAUAGUAACAGCGCUUUGAUUGGCGUUGUGAGCCCUUGGAUUGAUCUUGGGUCUCCGGAUCCUCUCAUCGCGCGAAUCAGCAAGCAAGUCUUCAAUCUGGAAGUCGCUUAUGCUGCUUUUUGCGGCGUGAGUAAUGUCUUGGUGCAUGGUCCGAUCUCCGGGUCCGAUGUGGCUCAGUACUCUCGCGCGAUAUUGGAAGGUCUUGGUCUAGGCCCGUACGUUCAGCUACAAAUCUUGAUGCCCAUGACUGGCGAGCUUGAGCUGGAAGGUUCAGAUGGUGCUCAUCUUUCAGAACUUGCGCGAAGCCAGUACGUUCCGGACCUGAACGAAGACGAAGACGAGACCGAUUCUGAUAUAUAUGGAGCCUGGGAAGCUUGGAACACCAUUAGGACCAUGUGCAACUACAGCACAAAACUGGCAGUAGGUACGUGCGUUUUGUUUCCUUACCUCUUCUUCCACUCUCUUUCCUCGCUGCCUUCCAAAUGUCUGCCACAGAGUAUCACUCGACCUCUGCAAAGCUUUGAGUAGGUAUUCUGUCGCAUAAGUUGGGUGCCUCGAUCGAAACAUGUGCUAACGCUCCUUGUAGCAUUGGAGACACCACGUCAACUACCAUGUGUCGAGCUACAGUCGCGAUGGUACUCCGAACCAGUCCGACUCUUGGUGCUCCCACGCACAAGCUUUCUGAGAAAUAACAAGGGCUUUCCUGUCCUUUCGAAAGCACACCAGCAGCUCUUGACUCGCUUUGUUCGCCUUCGGUUCCCGCCGUGGGUCCUACUAGCAGAUGUCGACCCGAUUCAGGAGCUCGAUGCUGCCGUAGGUGUAGCUACUGCGGAUCCUACCCCAUCAGAAGCGGCUAUCAACGCCCAAGACAGGCAGAAAGAUCCGGUCUCUCACCUGCGCUAUAUUCGUCAUCUUCAGCAAGCGCAGCCUUCUCGUUCUCCAAUCGAAAGAUUUGGUCAGGGCUACCAGGAUUAUAUCCAAUCUCCGUUGCAGCCACUGACCGACAAUUUGGAGUCCAUCACGUACGAGGUCUUUGAGAAAGAUCCAGUGAAGUAUGAAUGGUAUGAGAAAGCCGUUGCUGCGGCUCUCAAAGACCUUCGUGCCAAGUUUGGUGGUGCCAGGGACUUCGUCGUCGCUGUCGUUGGUGCUGGCCGAGGACCUCUAGUGACCCGGGCUCUACAGGCAAGCAAGUCCACUGAAAUCACAAUCAAGUGCUGCGCAGUGGAGAAGAAUCCAAAUGCUCACGUCUUGAUCCAACGUCGGAAUCAGACAGAUCCUCUCUGGAACAAGCAAGUCCUCAUUUACAAGUCGGACAUGCGCACAUGGCCAGGUCCAACGAUCAACGGCGAGAUCCGGAAAGUCGACAUACUCGUCUCGGAGCUGCUUGGCUCCUUUGCUGACAAUGAAUUGUCACCUGAGUGCCUAGACGGUGUGCAGCAUGUUCUGCAUCCUGACCAUGGAAUCAACAUUCCGCAGAGCUAUAGCGCUCAUCUGACACCCAUUGCUACGCCAAGACUGUACUCCGAUUUACUUGCGAAGCCUGAAGACGACAAAUGGGAGGUUCCUGCUGUAGUCAUGCUUCACCAAUAUGAUUACCUCUGUACGGAGCCCACGACUACUGCAAACAACAACUCUUUGCCCGUUCCAGAUGUUAAGGAAGUCUGGUCUUUCGAUCACCCCGUGCCGAGUUCAGUGCUUACUCAAGCUUUCAUCCGCGCGGGAGGUGCUAUCGACUGUGGUAGCUGGACAGGCGGCGACGGUAAGAAUGAGCACAAUGCCCGUUCUUGCAAGGUCUCCUUCCGAUCCCAUCAACGUGGGGUCUGCCAUGGUCUUGGGGGGUACUUCGAGACGGUCCUCUACGCUCCACAAAAUGGCAGCAAGAAGAUUGAGCUGUCCACAAAUCCAGUCACGAUGGAUGAUAAGAGCAAGGACAUGAUCAGUUGGUUUCCAAUCUUCUUCCCUUUGAAAGUAAGACCAAUCACUUCAUCAUUUGAAGUGCGAUGCUGACCUAUUUAUCAAGACACCAAUCUUCAUUCCCAACGACUCUGAGAUUGAAGUUUCAAUAUGGCGGCAGACCGACGACCGCAAAGUUUGGUACGAGUGGUUCAUCGAGGUCUUCAAGACCGUGGACAAGAAGAAGAUGAGGUUGGCUGUGUCCGAGCUACAUUCAAGUGCGAAGAAUGGAUGCUUGAUGUGA